GCAACUACUAGCUUAGGUCCCUCAACCGGAAGUAAGAUGAGAAAACGAACGUAAUGGCGCCACCCUUGUUGUCGCGGAAAAUAAGACAGAGUAUAACACAAGGACUAGACAAGGACUUUACAAGGGAACAUUGGAAGAGCAAUCAGACAGGCCAUAUAAAUAUGAAUCAACUUAUCAGAGGUUACAUGUACACCUUUGACAGCAACAACAGAACCAUGUUCUCGAUCAGUGUCCUUCUGCUUACUUUGGUGUUUCUAAACUCCAGAUUGCUGAUAUCUGCAGAGACUAUAGUUACGUGUGAUGAGUUUGUCCUGCAUCUCAGUUGUGACUCUGGUGUGAUCAGUGUGCAAUCAGCAACCUUUGGUCGUACAAGCAGCAAGAUUUGUAGCGUUGGGCGACCACAAGGACAAACCUCUAAUACUCAGUGUUCAAUGGAUGUUCCUGCCGUCUCUAAACUGUGUGAUGGACUGAGAGAGUGUGAGUUAAACACUCAAGGACUUGCAGCAAAAGAUCCAUGCUUUGGAACCUACAAGUACUACACUAUAAACUACAUUUGCAUCCAAGCAGAAACAAGUGUGACUUGUCAUGGUGGAUACAAUUAUUUGAAAUGUGAAAAUGGUAAGAUUCAGAUAAAUACUGCAAACUAUGGACGUACAGAUAAAAUCACCUGCUCGGAAGGACGUCCAUCCAGUGAGCUCCAAAACAGUAAAUGCUAUUCUCCCAAUGCACUAGCUCCUGUGUCAAAAAGCUGCAAUGGCCUGGAAAGUUGUGAGGUUUUUGCGACAGACACAGUCUUUACUGAUCCCUGCUUUGGCACAUACAAGUACCUUGCAAUCUCCUAUUUUUGCCUCCCACCUGGAAUUCGUUCAAGUAUGGUCUGUGAACAUGAGGAAAAUGACCUGAACUGUGAGGAUGAAACUGCCAUACAAAUUCACAGCGCUAACUAUGGCCGAACUGAUAGCAACACGUGUUCUACUGGACGACCUGCCUCUCAGCUUGCCAAAACUGACUGCUAUGCCUUAAAUUCACAGACAAUAGUCACUAAUGGAUGUGAAGGGAAAAACAGAUGCUCCAUAUUAGCCUCCAACAGGAUGGCUGGAUCCAUGUAUAGGCACAUUCAAAUACCUGUACAUCUCAUACUCCUGCGUAUCUAAAUAAUACGGUUGCUGAUCUUGUGGAUUUGGGCUCUUCAGUUUUCUGUCAACAUCUCUUCUGCUUUUGCUGCACUGAAACUAAACCAAUUUCUUUCUUAAAGUAUCUGUAAUAUUAUGCCGUCUUGGGAAAUAAAGAUAUGUGAUAUAUGAUGUAAAGAUAUGGCAGAAAUAGUAACAGUAGAAUACUAUGCUAUUCUGAAUUCAGCCUUUGUGUGCGAGUUAAACUAGUGGCUGAUACUUUUGAAUAAUUUUUUUCAGAUUAUUAAUAUUUCUGUGGUCCUUGGUAUACACUAUGCUGUGAUUUGUAUAUUUCCUUACAAUAAAUGCUUUGAAAAUGAGAA